AAAGCCUCGAAAGAAACUCCCACCACCACCACCAAGAUCUCAUCCAUCGCAUUUUCUUCUUCACCCUCCGUCCGUCCGUCAGUUUGUUCCCUGCACCACGACCGAUAUCUCCUCUCUUCUCGUCUCUUCUCUCUCGGAAAAUUCCUCCAAAUUUCUGAAAAUCUCCACCAACAAGGAAAAACCGACUCUUUUUCGACCAGAACUGUUCCGCGACUUUGACGAAACUACUUCUACCAUGGCAGAUACCCCAACCCUUGAAAACCUUCCCAAGGUCGAUGCCGAUUUGAAAUCCGAACUGGAAAAAUUCAAGCCCGAGUUGAUGAAGAAGGCGUCAACUCAGGAGAAAAAUCCUCUCCCAUCGGCUGAAGAUGUCAAGCAAGAACGCCGGCACAGUGAACUGAUCCACGGUGUGGAACAUUUUGACAAAGAACAUUGUCUCAAGCAUGCUGAAACUAGUGAAAAGUUGAUUUUGCCAAAUGCCCAAGACGUGGCUGCUGAAAAGACUCAGCAAGCCCUCCUCAAAGGAGUGGAAGGUUUCGACACCAACAAUUUGAAGCCGACUGAGACACAAGAGAAAGUUGUUCUGCCUGAUAAUGAAGUAAUCCAAACGGAGAAAGUCCAGCAGAAUUUGUUGGAAGGGAUUGAAAGUUUCGACUCCAAGAAACUCAAGCAUACUGAAACCCAGGAGAAGAAUCCGUUACCGACCAAGGAGGUCAUUGAUCAGGAGAAGAGCGUGUAAGAGGAGAGAAGAAGACGAAGGAGCUUCUUGAAACGAAACCAUUUCCUUUCCGGUUAAGAAAACUAUCAGCAUCAUAAUUAUUUAAUUUUUGCAAAAGUAUUUGAACCCACUGGUACUUAAGUCUAUUACACAAAAUCUCUAUGUACACACAUAAUUUGUCUCACCUUCGCAGGCAUAGAUAAAAAAAACAUACAUGUAAUUUUACGAAAUUGGUCAAAUUUAUACAAAUUGCUGGUGUAAAAUUAAGCGAAUGCGAGCUUUUAGCUAAACAAAAAAAGUAUAUUAAAAAUUCUUACAAUUUAUACAUGAAAUCUAAAUUGUUGUCUCUUGAGUCAUUUAUUUUAUACAAAACAAUAAGCUUUUUUGCCGUCAAUAAUACAUGCGAUAUAUUUACAACAAACAAUUGGAAAUUUUUGGUGUUUUUACUUUUUUCUACAUAAAUAAAUAAAAAACAAGCCCCGUGUUACAGACUUUUGAAUGCCUUUGACAGGUGCUAGUCUAAUACUAAAAAAAGUUUCAUUGUAUUUGUUUACCUUAUAAUUGUAAGAUAACAUGCAACAUUUUUGUACCAAUUAUUAUGCGUCAGCUUUUUUGUGCAACCUCCUCCUGUUCCUCUACAUACAACUGUGAAACGAUCUGAGGCCAAAAUAAAUUGUCUACAAAAAAUCAA